UUGGGAGUCAGAUUGUAAAUAUUACAAUUGAAGAAAAGCACAUAGGUCCACAUAUUUAGUGGCCUUAACAUGGUUCACACGUGCGUAGUGGCUGGUUGUAGGAAUAGGAGGACUCCUGGGACCACAUUAUCCUUCUACAGAUUUCCACGGGACCCUGCGCGUAAACAGCGGUGGAUUGCUGCUGUGAAUCGAGAGGGAUGGGUGCCAAACGAGGGAAGUAGACUCUGCAGCACUCACUUUAUUUCAGGAAAACAAGUGAAGAAUCCUAGAUCUCCAGACUAUGUACCUUCAGUUUUCACUUCAGCGCCAAUGUCCCCAAAUAUAAAGGGAGCAAGUGUCUGUGAACUUUAUGAUAAACAAGAGGCACAAGUGGAGGCAGCCAAUGCUUUGCUCUUCUUACAAGGACAAGGACGUUUAUUGGAGGACCAUGGCCAGAUCCAAAGUCAAGAAGAGCAAGAGAGUGUUUUCUCUUCACUAAGCAGUUGUGAUGAAGAAGAGGAUGAUAAUGAUGAUGAAGAAGAUAACAAAGAGGAAGAAAACUCACUUACAGGUAUAAGCCCAGGAGGAGUAAAGCCAGUCAAAAACAUCUCCACCAAAUCUCCAGACUAUGAGACCAGCCUUGAAGCCCUUAAGAAAGAGAAUGUGGAACUGAGGGAAUCAUUAGAAAAAAUAUCUCUCACUGAGGCAUCAUUCAGAAAUAAUCCAGAAAAGGUCAGAUUCUAUACAGGAUUGCCGAACUAUUUUGUAUUCGAGACAGUGAUGUUGCUUCUUGUGCCACACAUUAAAGGGGACAAAAAUGCGAAACUUUCAAAGUUCCAGCAACUACUCUUGACACUUAUGCGACUAAGGCUUGAUCUUAAAAACCAAGAUUUGGCCUAUCGUUUUGGGGUGAAGGUUGCCAUGGUGACCAGGACUGUCCAUCGGAUUAUUAGCAUAAUGUUCGUCACCCUUGUGCCCACUACUGUUUUCUGGCCUUCUAGAGUGGAGCUCAGGAAAAAUCUACCUGCAUCUUUGCGCUCCACAUACCCAGACUGUGCAGUGAUUAUUGAUUGCUUCAAGGUGUCUCUGGAAAAAGCUGUUGGUGUAGAUGUAAAUCAACAGGUUGCAUCAACCAUACCCACACAGUCCACCCAGUCAGCCAUGGUAGAUGAGCUGAAGUAUGUGAUUGGUGUGGCUCCACAAGGUGUGGUCACAUUUGUCUCAAGGGGAACACCGGGUCAUGUUAGUGACAAGAAUCUAGUAGAGAGUUGUGGUCUCCUCUGUAAACUCCUUCCAGGUGAUAUUGUGCUGGCUGAAUAUGACUUCGACAUUGGGGACUUGGUGGGUGCUUGCAAAGCUGAACUCAAAAUCACUAGUAGAAACUACAUUGAAAGUGGCCAGGAUGGAGAAGAUUCCUUACUUUUCAGCACAUUUUCAGAUAAGGUGGAUGUUCACCGGCAUGUUGGACGGGUAAUAGAAAUGGUUAAGAGGAGAUACUCUAUGUUGACCGGACUGGUGGAGAGUCCCUUCACAGUCAUAGAUAGCACUACCAAUGUGAGCACUUUUGAUAAGAUCGUGCAGGUUGCCUGUGCCUUGAAUAAUCUGUGUAUUUCUGCUACUCCCCUGGAGUGAUCUCUCACUCUAUGAAAUACAAGUUUCUCCGCUGUUUAAAAGUAAUCUUGACCUGUAUAUUAGCUUAAUGCACCUUUAUUUUUCCCUAUGUAAGCAGAACACUUUAUCUUGUUUGUCUCUGUUGUUAAAGGGGGAUUUGAACAUAUCUAAGAAUAUUUUAUGCAAUCUAAGGACCAGUUUACACUAAACAUAUUCAAUGGACCAUCUACUGUUUCUCUCUUUCUCUCAUCUAGUCUCUAGGCUGACUUUGUAGAUCCUCUAAUUUGAUGAGACAUUCCAUUCAUAGCUAAUUUUAAUCUGGUAUUUUUAGGAGAGCAGAGUCAUGCUGAGAAUGUAAAAUAAUCCAGAAACUGAACGAGACAUCUCUGCCAGAAUAGUCAUAUAUUAGCUGCCUUUAGGUUUCAGUGCCUUCACCUGUGUAAUGCCUAUACAAUUUUGUUUCAAUUAAAAAACAAAAAUUGCUGUGUAGAUAUUUUUGUAUUAAAUUAACAGUCCUUUAGUGCCUUGAUGGCCUUGUACCACUCUACCAUAUAUUGUUAUUGGAUGUUAGUACCACAACAUUACAAAUUUGUUAUUUGCAUUCCUAUGUGAUUGAUGUUGUUUUAAAUCAACUCAUUUAGCAUGAAAUAUUUUAGGCUAUUUUUUAAGAUUUGUGCAUUUCAAUUUCAUAACGGAAUUCCAUCAAAUUGAGUUAUCUUCAAUAAAAAUUAUUAAAACUCAUUAAUUUAAAUUAGUUAAAGAUUACUCUUCAGUUUCAUUGAAUUUUGUUAUAAAUUGAAAUGCAUUUUAAAAACUGGCUAACAUAUCUUUUUUGAGUGUUUACUGUAGCUGGACCCAGAAAUUUUGCCUUAUAUAAUUUGUUAGUACUGUUUCCCCAGCUAUCACUUACUUUUGUUUGUAUGUUCUGUUUAUCUAUAUGUGGUUUGUGAAAGCGAUGAUGCUUAUUUUGUUUAGUUUUUGUACUUGAUUUUUGUUAUCAAGCUGCUUUACUCAUGUGUCCUGUGUGCAAAGUUCACCAACAUGACUGGAAUUUAUACCA